AUAUUGCUCCAUAUUCACACCACAUUAGGAUCCGUCAAGGAUCCAGAGUACCAUUCUAACCGCCUUAUCCUGUCUUCUGAGAUCUCCAGGCCGUCAGCUUCCUAGUGCCUCUAGAUACACCAUGCUUGCCAAAAAUCACAUAGAUGCAUCUGAUACAACAUCGGGACACGUUGUAGGGUCAUCCCUGGUUUCGAACCAAGAUGCGGGCGGCCACGAUGGCUCUCCGGAGUGCGAUUCUGAGUGUGGAUGUAAAUCCACGCCACUUGAGUCAAGACCACCGCUCACAGGAUUAUCUCGAGAGGAACUCAAAAUACAUACUGCGAAUACACAGGUCAACAAAGGUGAGGCGAAAUCGGAUGAGGACGAGCCACCACAAUCAGUGAUACAUGCUCCUGCAGGUUUUGGUGACUUUGUAAGUGAUUGACAUACAAGUCAGCAAUCCCAUCAGUAUCCGCAAUCAGCCCUCUCUUGGAAUCUAAUGAGGAAAAGGUGAAUGGACAAAUGCCAUCUGUCAGCACGCUUGCACCAUCAAGUGCAUUGAAGUCAUAUACAUCACAUGAAAUAGCACAGUCAUCAUCGGGUCAUGAUCUUACGACGCUC